UUUAUUUAUUUAUUUAUUUUUAUUUUUUUAAUCGUAUUCGCAGAUCUUCUCGUUCUGCCUCUCUGAGAGAAGUUUUGUCGUAGUUUUCGGUACUGUGUGCAUUGGUGAGGUCAUGUUUGAUGAGGUCUGAAUCUGCUGUCGUUUGUUGCGAUUUUGGCGGUUUUGAAAUAUUUGGAGUUUCCUGAGGGUGAUUUAGGCGCGAGGGCGUUGCGUGCGUGGGUCUUUAUGGUUUUAGAGAGAGGGACGAUUGAAGGGUGUCAAGGUGUUGCGCGGGAUUGCAGGGAGGGGUUUGUGUACGAGCUGCUGCUACUCUCUAGCGAUGCGAUAUGCUCAUUACUUGUGCGUGCACGAGCCUGUAACUGCAAAUUUGAAUUUUAGGCUUCUUCAAAGAAUUGUCGGCAUGUAUAGCGAUAUCUAGCGGUAGGAGAUGCUGUACGCCAUGCGCACACGAUCUUUACAGUGAGUGGGCCAUACAUGUCCCAUUUCAUGAAUUUGCUCCCGUGACAAAUCUUCUGAACUUCGAAGCUCGUAAUGGCAUUACAGCCAUCAGGGAUUCCCUUAGGAACGAUGCCGAAAUGAUGAAGGCAUAGCCUCGCGGAUACACUUCAUUGUGUGGACUUUGUGAGGACCUGCUCCUACAGCCUAGCUCCUUGGGGUGAGAAAGUGAGAGAAGGGGCGGAAUUUGUUCCUUCGCGAUCGACUAGAAAAGUGUGAUGUAUUAAUUGGAGCUGGGCGUUGGAAGUUAAGUGUGAGUUCGUUGCGUUAAUAAGAACACAUCAGACGCCAAGGCGGACUGUGUCUGUUGAAUAUCGCCGAUAGUUUUGGAUGUUUAUAGGUAUACAGGGUUAUGUUCGCGGCUUUUUACCGUAUUCCGUAUGGCGACAAUGUUAAUCUAUUGAAUAGUGCGCAUACGGAUCGUCGAAUGCGAGGCUCUGCUUCGGUUUUUGUUUAAGGUUAAUGCCACCAAGGUCCCCAAAUCCACCUGCAAAUCGGUGAACUCAGAACAAGCUAAAUGCAGUGUUUCCAUACUCACAGUUAGAGUGUGCCAGGAACCGGAGUCUUCGAAGAUAGGCGAUUCAGGCUUAAUCCAGUUCACUGUUAUCAUCGUUGGGAAAGAAAGUGGGACAGAGCGGAUCAUUAUCAGGGGAUGUGUCACAGUCAAUGAGGGGUCGAAGGUGGUUACAGGGAUUUACGGUGUUAAUGAUUAGGAGAAGCGUGUUCGGAGCAACCAUGCCAUCUGGCUGAAGGUUUCUACAUUAGAAUACUCAACGAAAGCAGAAUGGGUCUAUUCACUUGGUGCUGAAUUCGUGCGAGGAAGUAUUCUCAGACAUUAACGGGCGACAUACGGCUGCCUGAGCUUCUUAAUUUAAGUGCUGGAAUAGAAAACUGCGAAUUUUUUUCGAAAAAGAAUGAUGUCCUUGUCCAGAAGGCCGGCCCGUUUGCCGUCAUAAGGGACAAUUCACUCAAAUGGUUUCAAGCUAUUCGAUUCAUUUUCUAUUUAAUUUUGAUUGAAUCUCCUCUCGUUGACGUUACAUGAAUAGCUAUUUAUGGCAGCCGACUAUGUGGGCAACGGAAUGAGCCACUUCUCAGCUAUGGGAUACUUGUCAUGUCGAACGGAAGCCGCUACCGGGACCUGUGAAUCCGUGCAUCUGAAGCUGAAGAAGCAAUUGACCAAUAAGGCCUCGAAGCCCCGAAAUAUAACCCCACGGGUUUUUUCCUUCUCUGAGCUCAGCGAGGCGACUUUGGACUUUGCGGAAGAUCGUCUUCUUGGCAAAGGUAGUCACGGGUUGGUGUACAAGGGGGUGCUUAAGGAUGGAAAGGAAGUUGCGGUUAAGAGAGCGACGCAUGCUCGACAGCUACUCCAAGACGAGACCUCUUUCGAUAACGAGUUAGAGAUUCUAUCUAAGAUCUGGAGCGACAGGUUCGUCAACUUACUGGGAUAUACCCGUGAGGAGGACGAAAAGCUUUUAGUGGUGGAAUUUAUGUCUAAUGGCACGCUGCAUGACAACCUACAUGAUAACUUCGAACCCGCCUUGAACUGGGUAAUGCGAAUUGAGUUCGCGCUACAAAUUGCUAGAGGCAUUUUCACACUCCACUCAGCUUCGCCUCCUAUCAUACACAGAGACAUAAAGUCAUCCAACGUGCUCAUUGACGAGUCUUGGAAAGCCAGGCUCGGUGACUUCGGUUUAGCUUUGAGAGGUAAUAUCGAGGAUAUGUUGAAGACUUCCACUCCUCCAGCGGGUACAAUGGGUUAUCUGGAUCCUGAGUACGAGACGCCAUCAGAUCUGAGCACGAAAACGGAUGUCUUCAGUUUCGGAAUUCUUCUGCUCGAGAUGAUUAGCGGCAGGAAUGCAAUUGAUCUGGCUUACGAGCCUCCGUGCAUUCACGAAUGGGCCCUUCCGCUCAUCAAACAAGGUAAAAUAGAUGAACUACUAGACAAGAAGUUGAAUGCGCCUGGUAAUAUGAAGCCUCUCAAGCAGUUGAUAAAUGUGGCCGUUAAAUGCGUCCGAUCUUCUCGCACCAGGCGCCCCUCCAUGUCCGAUGUGGUUGAAGAUUUAAAGGGAAUUCAGAAGAAGGUGUCGGGGACAACCAUGGAUGGUAUGGCACGGAUGGUGAGACGAAGUGUACAUGCUCAGCGGCCAUGGCCUGCGGCUUCUGCCCGAAGAAUAACUAAAGUAUCUUCUCAUCCGAACCAUAAAAGAUUGUUAUCGCAGGUGUCUAGGUUAGCAGAACGGGAGGCCAGGGUGGCUAAUUCCCAACAGGAAGUCGGGCUUGAGCAAACCCCUGCUUACGACCCUCCUACUCAAGUGGAGGGUUGUUCCACAAUGGUAUGUGCUGACGAAGCUGUGAUGAACAAUAUACUCGUUCGAGAUGUUACCACACAAACUCGUGCUAACGAUGGAGACAGCAACUGUGUCGCUGAUGGCAUCACUCCAGAAUCUCGCACAUCGGCGAGGCUUUCUACUCCUUACAUAUCGGAUGGCAGUGAAGUCGAAUCAGAGACCACUUUUGAGGAUUUCAAGUCCGCCAAUGCUUCUUUUAGGUCCAGUAGUGCAAGUGCGUCGGUGGACUUGGACGAGGAGAUGUGCGAGGAUGACGGGUCGUCCAGUGCCAGCUGGUUGAAGAUGAACUCCACCAAGGGGAGAUCAAGAGUGUCGACUUCCAAGAAACCAACAGCUCCGCUCUCUCCUUGCAUCAGUCCAGGGGUUUCGCAUGAGCUCGGGCUUUCUGUUCCUUGUGACCCUUGCAGCAGUAUUGCAGGAGUAGAAGGUUUGGAGGACUUCGCUAUUGGCGAAGUGAUCGGCGGUCCUCUGUGUGAAAUAUCGCAGGUGCAGGAUCUGAUCACUUCUCAGUAUGACUUGGUUGAGCAUCCAGUAAGUCGAUCCUCGUCUCGUGGCGGCAGUGGCUCUGUCCGGUCGAACUACCAACCUAAGCUUCUGGAGUUGCAGACUGCCCAACUAAAGGCCAUGAAUGAAGAGUUCAGAACAAGGUCAAGGGUGGGGGCAAGUCAUCAGUUGGAUAGAUAUGUUCGUCGAACAUCUAGUGCUCGUGAACUAGAGGUCUUCAGUCUUCCAAACGAGGACACUGGAGUAGCUUCUCGCAGGACAGCAUAUGUAGCCAUUAAGACGUUGGCAACCACCUGCCUUGGAGCAGCCGUAAGACCCUGUGUCCGACUCAAAGAGGAGGAUGAUCAUCUAACCAGUUCAUCAUACAUUGUAGGUACAUAGAAAUAGUGUUGAGAAAACCGUAGUGGAUGAUCAUCUGUCCGAUGCGGACUGGCCCUGGAGCUUGGCUAUGCCUUUGGCAAAUGAGGCAGGUUUGUAUCCCCUGGUUACUGUAAAUUAGAUUUAAAUGAGCUCCAGAGAAUCUGGAGCUGAUAAUCCAAACGUUCGCAUUGCAUGCGCAUUCCUGCUGCAUGGACCUCCUGCAUAGAUGUUAAGACCAUGACUGUGAUGUACACACGUCUUAUUGCUUUUUUUGAUUAGUUCUCCAGGGUACUGUUGGAGACGGCUUGUAUUCUGUGAUAUGCAACCCUAUAGUUGCUGAGUAAAAGUUAUAAUCCUUGCAAUCA